AUGGUCGCCAUCUACGCAUCUCUGAGUCUUCCACUGCUUUUGCUGGCCACACAAGUCAGCGCGGACGGCGUCACGUGCACACGGGACCCGUCGUGGCGCAGUACGUUCAAGAACUGGUGCAUGUGCCAGCCGUGCAACCUCUGCGAGUUCAAAAUCUUCAAGGGCUGCCGGCCGCUGCCGCAGAACCCCACCACGCUCUCGGACGGCUCGGACAUGCCACUCAAGCAGCCGCUGCUGGCGUCGAAAGACUGGUUCCUCUCAGAAGACGACAUCACGAAAAGCCGCGGCGGCGCGCGUCGGGACCGCCUCGCGGUUGCGACGUCGGGCAACCGCGUCAACAUCUUUGCCGACACGAGCGCUGCAUUUGCGUCCAUGCACAAGGACAUCAGCAUGGCGACGGCAGCGUAUUUCUCGGGCUGGACGCUGCACGACAUUCCGUACAUCCCGCAGAUCGACCCGUCCAUGACGUUCAAGAAGACAUGGGCCAAGGCCAUUGCCACCAACAACCUCCAUGCGCACGGUCUCGUGUGGGAAAACCUCGUCGAACUCGGCAAGGUCACCGACAUGUUUUCGUGGAUGAACACGCUCAACAACAGCAACUGCAAGAACGUCCAGCUCAUGACCGACGACCGCAUCAACAAACCGACGGGGUCACACCACCAAAAGAGCCUCAUUCUCACGCGCCAUGCCGACAUGGUGAGCUACGUCGGCGGCCUCGACCAGUCGCUCGACCGGUGGGACACCAAGUACCACAACGAGACCGCGCUCCGAAAGCGCACCGGCAUCAACGGCGCCAACGAUGGCUGGGUCGACGUCCACGCGCGUCUGCACGGACCCGCGACCAAAGAUGUCCUCCACAACUUUUUAGACCGGUGGAACGACCCGGUCUACCCAGGCAAACCGUACGGCUGGCCGCUCGUCAAGUCGCCCGUCAAGAUCGACGACGCGUGGAACGUUCCGAAGAAGACGCUGCCGCCGACCGACAUCUUGUCGCGAGUCCGCGCCGAUGCGUCCGUCGGCACGCACGACGUCCAGAUCCUCCGCACGUACAGCUGCAAGUACAAGGGCUACAAGUCGUUUGCACCGAAAGGCGAGACGUCCAUCUUUGCGGGCCGCAUCAAGGCCAUCCGGAACGCGAAAAACUACAUUUACAUUGAAGACCAGUACUUUAUCCACGUGCCUGAGCUCCUCGACGAGCUCCUCAAGAUCCUUCCGCGCAUCCAGCGCCUCAUUGUCUUUACGGUCACGCCCCAAGGCCAGGAGGCCGCUGUCGGCUACCAAAAGUACCAGUACGACAUGAUGGCCCCGCUCCUUGAAAAGUUUCCGAAGAAGGUCCAGAUCUACAUUCCCGACCCGCGCCGAAACAUUUACGUCCACUCCAAGCUCGAAGACGGCGAGAUCGACGAGUGCCAGAACCUCGAGUGGCUGGCGACGCAGCCGCGCAUUGUCCAGGUCACGUGCGAGUGCCAGCGCAGCAACUUUUCCGUCUUCAACUGCCCGGCCAUGACGGCGUACAUGCAAAUGGAGCAGGAAGCGAUCGAGUCGACGACAAUUGAUGCGUAA